UGAGGGUUAGUUGUUCAUUCCGGGCAGUUGUAACGAGUGAACCGACUCGGUGGUUGUUGUAGCAACCGUCUUCUAGCGUGAACAGCAACAACGCGGACAUCGUGUGUAUCGUCGUUAGUUGAAGAAGCGAAUCGUUGAGAUAAAAUGAGAUAAUCCAGUGUGGUUUGUGUUCGUUCGGGAUAAAGUUAGCUAGAUAUCACAGUGAGGCUAAGAGCUGUAUUAGAACAUUAGCAAGACUCCACUGCAGUGAACAGAGGGAUGAGAAUAAUCUCUGCUUUGCUAGUUUCAUGUUGUAUGUGAGUAUAAACUAGUAGCUUGUAGCAGUGUUAGCAUGUCGGCUGUUAGCAGUCUCGUCCCUGCACGGUUUCUCACCAUCAUAGCCCAUCUUGUCAUCGUUAUCACGAUCUUCUGGUCAAGGGAAAACAACGUAAAGGCCUGUUUGCCUUUGGAUUUCACACAAGAGCAAUAUGACAAUGAAGACAGGAAUUUGGUGGUGGCACUGGCUGUCACCCUCGGACUGUUUGUCAUCGAGCUGGCUGGAUUCUUCUCAGGAGUGUCCAUGUUCAACUGCAGCCAAGGUCUCCUGUCAACAGGAGUCCAUGCCAGUGCCUCAGUGGCUCUGCUUUUCUUUCUUUUUGAGCAGUGGGAGUGUGACAUCUACUGGUGGAUCCUUGCCAUUUGCAGCGUGUUACCUGCAUUUGUGGAGAUUCUUCUGUUUAUAGCUGUUUUCGGUCUGAAGAAGAAGCCACUAUGAAAGACAAUCCAGGCGUGAAGUGCUUUGAAAUACAGUCUACAUCUGUCUCAAUGAGUCAAAAGCGAAACCAAGAAACAUCAAUUGAAUAUAUGAGCGACUGUAUCUGCAACCUUUUUUAUGUAUUUUGAAUUAGAUAGAUGCAGAGUGUUUAUUUUUCAAAUGUCUCAGUCAUUAGUUUAGAAAGAAUUUGCGAGAAUGUCAGUUGUAGCUUUUUUGUAACUUUGUGGAGAAAUGAAUGCUUAUUUGUAAAUAACAAUCGUCAAAUGUCAAAUUUCUAUGGAAAAUCUUAGAAUGCUACUUUCAAUCCAAAUAUACUUUGUACAAACUCUUUCUAAAACUGUUGU